AUGUCGUUUUCGUACUUAUCAACUGUUGACCGCACGUACAAGCGAUUUGCUUGUGAGGAUUACGAUAACAUCGCAUACCUUCAUCAUCCCAGUGGCGUUAGCGUUCUUGUACUUCGAAAUGAAGUAGUUACGGUAGAUUUUGGAAAUACGAAGAGAACAGGUCUAUCCAGAAAUGAUCAUGUCGUCGUAGGCAAAGGGAAGAAGGGUGGCCUUCAUCUCCAGAAAGAAACACGUAUAUGUGUGAUUCACUGUAAAGACGGUGAGAAGGUCAUCGUACGAGCAGGAGUUAGAGGUGUUCUGGUUGAGGUUAACGAGCGCCUAAUUGAUAAUCCAGAUCUUCUUAGAACUGCUCCGGAGAAUCAGGGUUACAUAGCUAUAAUCGCUUUUGGGGCAGGCAAAAGGAAACCGGAUGAAUUCGUCACCGAGCUUCCAGAGAAGCGGGUGUUUUUCAGAGACUAUGAGACCUGUUAUUUGGAAACGAAUGGAUCUAAUGAAGAUGAACAGUUACAAUAA